CGAAAUUUCGCCAAACUCAGCACCUUUAGAGACGACGUCUUCCCCGAUUCUUCAGCACCGCCUGAAAUUUCAAACCAAAUAAAAACAAAAAAUCUAAAAAACUCCGCAUUGCUCGACACGCCAGCUCCAAGACACAAAAACACAUUCCCCCGAAACAAUCGCUGCAAAAAUGCCGCCGAUAAUUCAAUCCGAUUUCCGCUCCGCUUUCCAAUUAGCAACCGCCUUUUGCAAUCUCAACCGCCGGUUCUCAUUCUCACGCGCCGCCUCCCUCCGCCGUCCUCCGACGUCGUUUCGCUCCUCGCCUUUGCGUAUCAGAGCGAGAGCGUUUUCAACAAACGGGAGAGAUAAAGAGUAUAAAGUGUCGAAUAAGCCGUCUAUUUGUACGGCCGAUGAGCUUCAUUAUAUUUCUGUUAACGCUUCCGAUUGGCGACUCGCUCUCUGGCGCUAUCUUCCAUCUCCUCAGGCUCCGAAGAGAAAUCAUCCUUUGUUGCUUUUAUCAGGAGUUGGAACUAAUGCCAUUGGUUAUGAUCUAUCACCCGAGGCUUCAUUUGCCCGCCACAUGUCGGGGCAAGGAUAUGACACAUGGAUUCUAGAAGUUCGGGGUGCUGGACUGAGCAUGGAAGCAUCAGAGGUGCAAGAGAUUGAAAAAACUGCUCAUGAAAAAUCUGAGCAGAUGGAAGAUGUUGCCGAAACGGCAACUGCCGGCGCUUCUGUAUCACAGUUGGAAGAUGUUGCCAAAACUGCAAUGGCCGGGGCUUCUUCUGCAUCAUCUGAACCAACUAAUGCUCAGGGUGACUCAACAAUGGUCAGGAUACCUGGCACUAAAGAAGAACACCCAAUGGGAGUACCUACUGUAUUUGAUGAAUCAAAACUGGUGACUAAGUUGACGGAAUUUUUUAUGAACCUAUCAGGAAGAGUUUCUGGGUUUUUAAGUGAAGGUCAUUCACAAAUUAUAGUGGCUAAAUUUUUUGAUCAGAUAUCUCAACUCUAUAAGGAGUCUUUUCUUUCAGAAGCAUUUAACGAAACAAGGGAAAAACUUUUAAGAUUGUUGGAAACAAAGCAAGACUCGGCUGUUGCCAGCCAAAUAAAGGAUCUGAGUCAAAAACUCAUAACCAUUAUUGAAGAAAGUGAGCGCACUGUUUCACCUCCAUUGAAUAAUUUGCAAGAGAGGUUCAUUAGCACUGUAGAAGAAAUCCAAAGACAAUUGGAGUUGAUUGUGAAGUAUGACUGGGACUUUGAUCAUUACCUGGAAGAAGAUGUUCCUGCUGCGAUGGAAUAUAUAAAGGCAUUGACUAAACCACAGGACGGUAAAUUACUUGCUGUUGGGCACUCCAUGGGUGGCAUCUUGCUUUAUGCUCUGCUGUCACGAUAUGGUCAUGAAGAAAGAGAAUCUGAUUUGGCAGCUAUAGUGACAUUGGCAUCCUCACUCGACUACAGAUCUUCUAAAUCAUCGCUGAAAUUACUUGUACCACUUGCUGAGCCCGCACAGGCCCUAAAUGUGCCAGCUGUUCCUUUGGGGGCAUUAUUGACAAUGGCAUUUCCACUGUCUUCGCGACCUCCUUAUGUGUUGUCUUGGCUCAAUCAUAUGAUAUCGGCUGAGGAUAUGAUGCACCCAAAGUUGUUAAAAAAGCUGAUUUUAAAUAAUUUUUGUACUAUACCAGCCAAACUUCUAUUGCAACUGGCUUCAGCUUUUCGAGAUGGUGGGCUUUGUGACAGAAGUGGUAAAUUCUUCUACAAAGACCAUCUCCAUAAAAGCAAUGUCCCUGUCUUGGCUAUAGCAGGAGAUAAAGACAUAAUAUGCCCAAUUGAAGCCGUACAUGACACUGUGAAGCUCAUACCCAAGAACUUGGUUACUUACAAAGUCUUUGGAGAGCCAGAAGGACCACAUUAUGCUCAUUAUGAUUUGGUGGGAGGUCGGCAGGCAGUUGAUCAAGUAUACCCCUGUAUAGCCAAUUUUCUUAACCAAAAUGAUGGUUGAGUUUCACUGUUUUUUGUUUGGCAAGCAAAACAGAAAUUCUACUUUUCUCUUGGGUAGAUGAGAAGAUAUUUGAUUAGAUAAUCCCAGAUAUAGAAACAGCCUUCCCCCACCCUACCCCAAGCAAGGGGCUUUCUUGUUUCUGUGCUCUUACAUUCAGAAGCAAGGUGUUCUGCUUCGAUUUUUAUUUAGUUGGUUUUUUACAUCUUGUCUGGGUCUGGACUUGAGGGUUUGAUCAUGUAUCAGUGAGCAAUGAGGUAUUGAGAAAAAUCAUGACCUUGACUCCUUAAUUCUGCUCAAGCUGUAAGAGAAAUCAAUCAAGUAAUCUACUUAAUGUACCAUAACACUUAUUGGUGUAUCUUAAUGCGGGAAGUUAUGCAUUUA